GGAUGCUACCACCUAUAGCCAUUUAUUCCUGCUCCCUGAAAACGAGGCUGAUGGCGCUCGUUCCGAAGAGGGGGUUCCGACAUUCCGAUCUAAUUUAGGAUUCAGCUAGCGCCCGUAGCUUGAUGCCACCUUUGACAUUUGGGCAUUUGAACAUCACCGAUUUACUAGGCAAAGAGCCACUUGUCACUCCUUACCUUACGUCUUUUUCACUCGAGGCGAAGUUCUUGCGCAUACAGGAGCGCACCACGCUCCUUACGACCAAUUGACGCGAUUCUACUACGCCUAACGCUCGACCACCACCCUUCAAGCAACCGGUUGCGCCUAUCGAUAUCGAAGUCGACAUGGUUACGUCCGUGAAGCGCACAGCUUCUGAGGCGAAAAAAGGGGCCAAUGGACACUCACGUCGGCUAUCGGAUGCUGUUCACUCCAUCGAGAAGAAGAUUGAGGAGCAGGUGGACUUGGCCGCGCGCAACCCGGCCGAAGAGAAGAAGGGAGGCUACUUGCUCUUGAUCAUCUGUGUUGGUGGAAUCUAUGCCAGCUUUCUGAGCUGGGCAUAUCUCCAGGAACGUCUGACGACUACCACACAUGGCCCAUUGAACGCGCGCUUCACGUACCCCGUCUUCCUCAACACAGUCCAGUCCGCAUUCGCCGCCAUCACGGGUCUCGUCUAUCUCUUCUUCUCCGCUCCUCGUGACAACAUCACCGGCGCACGCCGCGUUCCCGCCGUCUUUCCCACGAAGCAGAUCCUAUAUCCGUUGUUCUUGAUCGCAGUCACUUCGUCACUUGCAUCGCCAUUCGGCUACGCCAGUCUCAAGCAUAUCGACUAUGUCACAUUCACGUUGGCCAAGAGCUGCAAGCUGCUUCCAGUCAUGGCCCUUCACAUCACUCUCUUCCGAAAACGCUACCCACUCUACAAGUACGCAGUCAUUAUAUGCGUUACUCUCGGCGUAGCGAUGUUUACGCUUUACAACCCCUCCACGGCUAAGAAGGCGGCGAAGAAGAGCGUCAGCGCGGACGCCUCCAAGACGCUCGGUCUGUUCCUGCUCGGCAUCAACCUGCUCUUCGAUGGCCUCACAAACACAGUUCAAGACCAGAUCUUUACCAGAUUCAAGUUCAGCGGUCCUCAGAUGAUGUGCGCUAUGAAUAUCAUGGCCACUGCCCUCACGACCGGCUACCUCUUCGUCUCGCCCUACCUCGCCGGAACACCUCUCGGUUCCUACAUCGGUCUUUCGCCUACGGGUAACGGCGAGCUCAGCGACGCGCUUGCUUUCGUCACCACAUAUCCAUCUGUCGGUUGGGACGCCCUGGGGUUUGCGGCGUGUGGAGCUGUGGGACAAAUUUUCAUCUACACUACGCUUGCGCACUUCAGCUCGCUUCUUCUUGUGACAGUGACAGUCACCAGGAAGAUGCUGACGAUGCUGACGAGCGUUUUUUUGUUUGGACACACGGUUACGGGUAUGCAGUGGGUGGGCGUUGGGCUGGUGUUCGGUGGUAUCGGGGCUGAGGCUGGGUACGGACAGAUCGAGAAGAAGAGGAAAGCGAAGGCGAAGGCGUUAGCAGAAGAGAAGCAGCAGUAAGGAUCUUGAUUUCAAACGAUGCUCAUAGAUUAGAAGAAUGUGCUGAAUGGGUAGAAUUGUCGCAAGGCUGAGGC